AUCGUCUCUUUUAUCGGACUCCGUCAAAAAAGCAACCGUACUUUUUCCCCCUUUUCCUGGCGUUGAAUCUCAUGGCGGGAAUCAGAUUGCAACCGGAAGAACCGGAGACAACUCCUCAGCAACAAGCCAGAGCAGCAGCAGCGGCGGCGACGACGACGGAUAGUUUGGCUUCCGACGACGAUCGAUCUAUCGCGGCGGAUUCGUGGUCGAUCAAGAGCGAGUAUGGAAGCACUCUCGACGACGAUCAGCGCCACGCCGACGCCGCCGAGGCUCUCUCCUCCGUCAACUUCCGCGUCUCUUCAGAUUAUAGUUCUGACAAGGAAGAGCCAGAUGCUGAUGGAGGACAGUCAAUGCUUGGUCUUCAAAGCUAUUGGGACGCAGCUUAUUCCGAUGAGCUCACAAAUUUCAGGGAGCAUGGUCAUGCUGGAGAAGUUUGGUUUGGAGAUGAUGUCAUGGAGAUUGUUACUUCUUGGACAAAAGACUUGUGCAUUGAGAUUUCUCAACGAGAGAUGUCUGUUUCUGACAACGAUGUCAAGACGGAGGUGAAUGAUCAUGCUGGCAAGUAUUUGUCUAGCUGGAAUGUGCUUGACCUUGGUACCGGAAAUGGCUUACUCCUUCAUCAACUUGCUAAGGAGGGGUUCUCUGAUUUAACCGGGACUGAUUAUAGUGAAGGAGCUGUAGAACUAGCUCAGCAUCUCUCCCAACGUGAUGGGUAUCCAAAUAUCUGUUUCAUGGUUGAUGAUAUCCUGGAUACAAAACUGGAACGGCAGUUCAAGCUGGUAAUGGACAAAGGAACUUUAGAUGCUAUUGGUUUGCAUCCUGAUGGCCCUGUCAAAAGAGUCAUGUACUGGGAUUCAGUGUCCAAGCUGGUUGCUCCUGGUGGAAUAUUGGUUAUCACAUCGUGUAACAACACAAAAGACGAACUCUUGGAAGAAGUGGAGAAUUUCAACAUCAGAAAAUCCAACUUAUCUAGAGAUGGAGAUGAUGCGACCAAUGUGCUUAACUCUGGCUCUGAAGCUGCAAACAGAAUCGAUCAUCCUCCGUUUGAGUAUCUCAGCCAUGUUAGGACAUACCCGACCUUCAUGUUUGGUGGUUCUGUAGGAUCGCGUGUGGCAACUGUUGCUUUUCUAAGGAAAUGAGAGCAGUUUGGGGUUUUUUUUCCUUUUGGGAGGGGUGGGGAGAUAUUUGCAUAACAUAAUGCCUAAACUUUUUUUUUAAUUCUCAUCUCUUUUUUUUUUUUCUGGUAUCAAGACUGUCCAUGUGCUUUUGGUAGCUCUUAAAUAACCUCUAAAUUUAUUGUCAGAAACUUUUGGUCUCUCAAAAACUGAUGGUUU